UAUCCUCCACAAAUUCCCCAAAUUUCGUCUUCAACACACUGAUAGUUGACCUAAUUUCCAAUCGCACACAUUUCACCUAUAUAUCACCAUCUGCUUUCCGAUCCACAAUUCUUCACAAAAUUCGCUAAUAAUCGGUGAAAAUGGGGAACUCCUUUGGAUGUUCAGCCUCCGGUGAACGGUUGGUGUCGACUGCCAGAGAUGGAGACUUCAUUGAGGCGAAGAUGUUGCUCGAUUGUAACCCUUGUAUUGCGAAAUACUCCACUUUUGGUGGAUUGAAUUGCCCUCUUCACUUUGCCGCUGCUAAAGGCCAUAAUGAUAUUGUUGCAUUGCUGCUUGAUAAUGGAGCUGAUGUUAAUUCUAGGAAUUAUUGUGGUCAGGUAAUCAUUCUUCGGUUUCGAAAUCGACAUGGACAUCCAAUAUUAGCUUCGAAGAUAUGCUCACCGAAGUUCCGAGCGAUUCUCUGUUCUUCAUCGAUAAAUCCAAAGGUUAGAUUAAUAGCUUAA